AGUAAAAUACUCCACUCCGUAAGAUAAUUAUUAUUCCGUAUAUAUAUAAAUAAAAUAUUAAAUGCCAUCCAUAAUGUCGUCUCAAUCCUGUGGUUGUCGCACACCGCUGUUUCGUGAGUUGGUUUUUCGCGUCUAUCUUCGACUUUCUCCCUCGCCAAUCGAACUCUCUCACUCUCUGGUUUGCUUUUCCUCCUUUCCAUUUUCAACUCUUCUCCGCAUUCUAGGUUCUUCUGAGAUUCAUAAACCCUAGCCUUCGACGUGCAUUCGCCCGCAUUUGACCUCACCAUGGGAAUCAUGAACGGGGAAGAAGAGAAAAAGUGUCCUCUUUGUGCUGAGGAGAUGGACUGGACAGAUCAGCAGUUCAAACCUUGCAAAUGUGGUUACCAGGUGUGUGUGUGGUGUUGGCAUCAUAUAAUGGACAUGUCAGAGAAAGAGGAGACAGAGGGCCGUUGUCCUGCGUGCCGAACAAUUUAUGACAAGGAAAAAGUAGUUGCAAUGCAAACAGAUAUUGAAAGGGUGAAGAACAGCCAUGCUAAUGGGAAAGCCAAACCACCAAAGGCAAAACCUAAAACUAAUGAAGUGAAGAAGGACCUUACAAACGUUAGGGUCAUUCAACGAAGAAUGGCAUAUGUUAUCGGGCUACCUCUUACUCUUGCCGAUGAAGAUCUGCUGCAACGAAAACAAUAUUUUGGUCAGUAUGGGAAAGUUACUAAGGUAUCUCUAUCUCGUACAGCUGGAGGUGCAGUUCAACAAUUCAUUAAUGAUUCCUGUAGUGUAUAUAUUACAUAUUCAAAGGAGGAGGAAGCUGUUAGAUGUAUUCAGUCAGUACACGGCUUUGUCCUGGAUGGUAGAUUUUUAAGAGCUUCAUUUGGAACUGCAAAGUACUGUCAUGCCUGGUUGAGAAACAUGCCUUGUAACAACACUUCAUGUCUAUAUUUACACUCCCUUGGUGCUGAUGAAGAUAGUUUUGGUAAAGAUGAGACAGCUGCAAUUCAUACUAGAAAUAGAGUACAACAAGUUGCGGGUGCCACGAAUAAUGUUAUACGUCGCUCAGGAAGUAUGUUGCCCCCUCCAGUGGAUGAAAUUGCUAAUUCCGGGAUUCAUCCUACAGAGAGAACUCUGGCUCAAAAUGCUACUUUUAAUUCAACCAAUGGAAGUUUAAGUUCCAUUGGCAGCCAUGUUCCUCGUUCAAUCUGUUGUAAUGAUAAGGAUGGAGGUGCUAGUGGACUCAAAAGACCGACCACCUUUGUAGAUAUUGUUGGCAGGUCUAGUAGCUCUGAUCUAGAGAAUGAUGGGAAUAGUAGCCAAAGCUGGAAAAAUUCAAAUUUACUCUCUGAUAUAUCAGGAUCAUCUAUCAGUAGAGAAGAUUACAACCAGGACCCUUAUUCAGAUACACUGCAUUUCAGUGUUUCAUCUUCUAAUUACCUUUCCAAUCAACUGCAAAGAGAACAAAGCCAGGAUCCAUAUUCAGAUACACCGCAUUUCAAUGUUCCAUCCUCUAAUUACCUCUCAAAUCAAAUGCAAAGGGAUCAAAGUUCUGGGGAGUUCUCAGAUGAAACAUUUAGAGAAGACUUAAUAUCUUCUGACGGUCAAGGAUCUCAGGAUUCAAAUGGCUUGUGGCAAAGAACACCUUUUAUCGAUUCGUCUCACCCUGAAAACUUAAGAGAGAGCACUGGUGGUCAUUUGUUAUUGAAUAAUAAUAAGGGGACUUCUAGUUUUAGUGAUAUUGGCUUGAAUUUACACAGCAGUGCUGCUGUAUAUAAGCAAGAGGAUGAAGCUUCAUUACCUCUAUCUUGUGCAAAUUUGGUUUUAAGUGAAGGACACCAUGAUAUGAAAUUCCAAAGGUCUGCGAAAGCUGAUAUGGUGUAUCGAAGCUCUAACUCAUUUUCCAAUGAAGAAAUUGUUGAGCACUUGCGAAGAAUUGAGGAUGACCUUUUGAGUAAUGAUGCAGACAUUUCUGCUUUCGGUCCUGUAGAGAGCAGUAUAAUAUCAAAUUUCAUGUCAAUGAAUUUUGAUGAUGAAGCAGGUGGGCAUCAUGGUUCGUCAAGGAAUAGUGUUAAUUUUGGACAAUCAAGACUUCCAUUAACAAACCAAAAUGGCAUUCUAAGUCAAGUGAAUGACUUGGAGCCUCCUUUCAGAAAUAUCAGUCAAAUGCCAAAACCAUGUCCUGGCGUGGAAUAUGAAGCGAACAAGGAACAUUACCUCUGUAAGCCCCAAUAUCAAGUGCCAAGAGCUCGAAGUUUUGCUCCACCUGGAUUCUCAGUGUCUUCCACCACCACCAUGCACUCACCUCCGGGUUUUGCAAGUGAGGGAGCAGGUGGUUUCCCCCGUCGUACCUCAGGGAGUGGCAGCAAUGCAGAAUUUGUGGACCCUGCAAUAUUAAGCUUUGUGAAGAGUGCACCAAUGAAUACCGAGAUGAGCAGAGUGGGGUUUGCACCACCAGCACCACAGCAGAGAUCAUCCCUCGAUGAUGAGGCGAGACUCUGGCUGCUGAUUCAACAGCAGCAAAAAUCUACAACAGGAGAGCUUUCUUCCCAAAUAUUUGCCCCAUCCAACACCACCACGUAUCAGGAUCACAGGUUCCUAGGCGGAAACGACUUUUCUAGUUUGAACAACUACGGGUAUCAUCAUCAACAACAAACUACAUCAAACAUGGUUCCACAACCGCCUUUGUCCCGUGGAUACCAGCAGCAGCAGCAUGGUUGGGAGGAGACGCAGUGUAGGAAUGAGGCGGGAUUGAGAGGAGUGACAGGAGAGGUUGAUAGGAAUCUUCAUCAGAGGUUAGGAGGGGCAAACUACUUUUCUGGGUCGACGUAUGGAGAUUUGAUGUUCCAAGCCCAAAACUCGGGUGAUGUAUACACCAGGGGGGUAUUUGGGAUGAUGUAACUAUGGGAAUGGUUUUUACUCCCCCAGUAGCUACUGCUAGCUAGGAAAACAUGUACGAUGCUCGACCCCCUCCCCCAAGGUGGGGUAUGGCAUAAUGGUGUCUGUUAUGGAAUCAGCUGUUAUUAAAAUAUAUGCUUUAGUCUUGUUCCAUGGAUUCACAUGGUGGCCUAAUAUUAUAGGAGUUGAUUGUCUAUGAUUAGGCUGUGAAUUCUUUAAUACCAUUAGCUAAGUUUCGCAAUUUUAAUAGUACUCAAGUCACAA